AUGGCCAGUAAGCGAGUGUUUAUCUCACACUUAGACACGGCACCAGCCAGAGCAUGCUCGCAAGUUUUUCGAGCCUUUGGGUGGGAGGUCUAUGGCACCAUUCUGGAUUCGGACGCAGCCCUUCCUACUCCAUGCGAUGCAACUGAAAUUAUACCUUCUCGCUCACAGGAUUCGGAAGCAUUUGCGCGCGGGAUUUUAUCCUGCGCAGCGAUAAUAUAUGACCUUUUGGCCCCCGAUGAAGCUAUAGCAGCACUAGAGCUAGUUGCUCUAUCUCCAAACAAGCGGAAGUUCAUCUGCCUUUCUUCAUUUUUGACAUGGUGCCGUACAGAGUUACCUCCGCGACAGCUGGAAGACAAAGAGGAGUCGGUUUUGGAAGAAGACCUUCCAGAUGAGAAGGAGCUUGAACCCGAUGAGGUGGUUGAGCUAUAUCGAGCUGCCCAUAAAAAGGCUCCCUUUUGGGUGCUCAAUAAGAUAAAGAAGAGAGAGGAGGAAGAACGUCGUGCCCGUGAAGAAGAAGAACAAGAAGAGCAAGAGGAGCAAGAGAAUCCUGAGGAGCCGGAAGAAGAGUAUGAAUAUGAAGAAGUAGAAGAAGAAUACGAUGAUGAGGACGACGAAGCGGUACCUGAGGAUGAUAACGAGGACCAUCAGGAAGAGAGUGGCGAGGAAGACGAGGAUAACGGAGAUAACGAGGAUAAUGAAGUCGUAGAAGACACCACCAAACGGCGACGCUUUCGAAUAGUGCGUAAAAGGGUUCCUAAAAAGAAGCCUCUAGAAAUGCCAGUAGAAGAAUCUGAACACGAGGAUAGGAUAGAGCAGGGACCAGACGAGGAGCUUCAGGAGCCAGAUGAUGCAGAGCCAGAAGAAGAGUAUGAGUACGAGGAGGAGUGGAGCGAAUCGGAGGAGCCGGUAGAAGAGAACUCUGAAGAACGUGAAGAGCGGUUGCUUCAGCUCAAGAAAUAUGGUAUCUCUGAAUCUGAUCACGAGCGUCGUCGUCCUCAUCCGGAUUUUCGGAUCCUCCUGACUACAGAAAAGGAUAUUGCCAAACGCCUCUCAAGCAGAGAAAAUCUAGAGGGCGCUAUAGUUAUCCCGGGGCUAAUUUAUGGUUACGGAGAAACAUCUUUAGUCCCCCUUUAUAGGAGCAUAUACGAGGGAAAGCUCACUCAGAUACCACUUUACUUUGGGGGGCAUACACGUUCAAUUCCAACAGUUUAUGCCUUAGACCUUGCACUUCUUGUCCACAGCCUUGUCAUAGAUGUGUGUCCAGACAAGGAACAGCCGUAUGUGUUCGCAGUUGAACGGCAAAUAUGCACGUCCAAGCAGCUGGCAGAGGCCAUGGGUCAAAAGUUGCUUUUACCUGAUCCUCUUCGAGAUAAACUUGCAAAGGACAUGGAUGAGCGCCUUCGAACUACAAAACCUAAGCCUCUUACCAAGCAGACUUUCAGAGAAUAUGUUAAGAUUCGUGAUGCUCCACAAUCUUUGCCAAACUAUAUUAGAGAAGUCGAUAAAGAAGAGACACGGCUUGGUGACUCUAUCCUAGAAUUAACGGUUGAUUCUCCGAUGAUUUUGGGAUUCGCCUCCAACGACUUACUAGGAGGGAAGUUUCCUCUGUUUGCUAGGUCUGGAUUUAUUGAUAACAUUGAGCUGUCGUACUCUGAGUUUCUUGCCGCAUGGGGGCUCAAGCCUGUUCGAAUAUUCAUUCAGAAAGACCCUGAUACGUCCAUGGAGCUUGCUGACAAGCUUGCAAUGGUGCUCACAAAGUACCUGAGCUUGGAUAGCAGAGAUGAUCGUCGUACCAGCUCUGCAUAUGUUAAGGAUCUUGCUGAUAAGAUAUCCACGGGAAAAUUAACAAAAGAUGAGGUCAUCUCUACGUCACGGAUAAAGAUUAUCGACGGAAUGUCCUAUACACUGUCUACAUUAUCUAAUCUUUUCCACGAUCUGGCAAUGGAUUAUCGUACCCGUCAGUAUGGCUGGAUCUUAAUUGGUCUUCCUCUAGGGAUGUUGCCUGAAGAUGUGUUUGGUCGCCCGGCGAUUAUAGAUAAAUAUAAAGAGUAUGCAGAUGUGGGUCUUCUACCGCCUAAGUCAGUCAAGCAUGAAGAAGGUGAAGGGGAAGACGUUGAGCCUGAAGAGGAAAAUAGUGACGGGGAAGAGGAGUUGGAAGAGGAGGAUGUAGAGGUGGAUGAAAGUGAUAGAAUAGAAAAGAUACGUGAGCGCAUAUUGCUCCCAUACACUGCUCCUGCACACCCCUUUACACGAGGAAGAGUAGGAAGGGAGCACCUCAAGGAAGGUCCUAGGAAUAGUCUCGACUUUUAUGAUAGUAACGUUUCUAUUGAACACCCUGAUGGAAUACGCAUUCCAUGGCCAGAGUACAUUAUCGACUUGCCAAAGCUGGAUAGAUACGGUGCAUCUCAGGACGAGCUGUCUGCUCUGGCAAUUAUUGAGCGCUUCUGUGAAUAUUGCGUCGAGGUUAACGGAGAGCGAAAGAAGAAAAGCCUGGUAGAAGAUACUGAGACACCAGAAGAAGCAAAUGAGGAAGAUGAAGGAAGGAAAAAGCGUAAACGUAAGGUAAAACCAGAGCCCCCAACUGAGCAUUACCAUACGACUGAGCUCACACGACAUGAAGCAGAGGUGGAAGCAUGGCAUAAGGCUGAAGAAGCUGCAGCGGAUAUUUAUCGACGAAUGGAGCACGAACGUCUUAAGCAUGUUCGACGACAAUGGAUAAAGGCCGUAAAGAAGCAAUGCAUUAAAAAGAUAAAUAAGCUAGCAGAGAAGGGCGAGCCCGGUAUUGUUCCAUAUGAUUCGGCAAACUAUACGUGGAUAGAAGACUUUAAUCUUGUAGGUCUUGAUCCGCGUUUGGAUCUUGACGUUAUAAAGAUUCCAAAAAAGGUCGCUUCUGAGUCAGAUGAAGUAGAGGACAACCAAGCGGUUGAUAAUGAACAAGAUGAGAAUACGCAUUCGGGAAGUUAUACGGACGAAAAUGGAGAGCAGCGUAAGGCUCCUCCCUUGAUUAACCCAGAUGAUUAUGAUUUAGGCAUUGAAGACGAAGAGAAGUAUGAGCAAUUGCGGCAGCAGAAGCUUGAGAAGAUGAAACAAAACCAAUUGCGGAAAGAAGAGAAGAAACGAAAGAUUGAGGCUGGCGAGGAGGUCUCCGAAGACGAGCCUACUGAAGAGGAGGAGGAGUUUGAUGAAACAGGCCGUCGAAAGCGUACAACUCCCAAACCAAAGCCGUUUAAAGACGCACCAAAGGUCCCCAUUAAUUACCAAGACAUCCCUCUACCAGAGCACCAUCAUCGUGGAUUUGCAUGGCUUAUUGAGUCAUUAACAACGAUCAAAGAGGUCCCUUAUGGCGUAUCGAAUAUAUUCUCUCCGUACUUUAACUCGUCGAGGUACACUUCCUUUGAAACUCUUUGUCAGGCUAUAAUGAGCUUUGUUGGUCCAAGCAGGGGAUUCGGCAAAACGAGGGAAGAGAGAAAGCAACAAGAGGAGGUUAUAAAGCGACAGGAAGUCAUUAGACGCCAGUUAUUAGAAGAAAACCUCCUGAGGAAGGCCGAGGAACAUAGGAUAAUAGAGGAGAAACGAAAACAAGAUCUUUACAACAUCCGUGAGGAACUUAUCAGCAACGAAGAGCGUCGAAUCAAAGACCUUUCUAUCCCAAUCAGGAAGUAUCUUACACAAACAGUCAUGAAAGACUUAAUUGACGGACUUGUGGAGGUGUCUAAACUCAGACCCAAUGACCCCGUUCGUUACUUAGGGGAGUUCUUGAUGGAGCGGUCGGUCAAAGACAUAGAAUAG